AUGAUUGACGUUCCUAUGCUAAGCGAUGAAAAUCACCAAGAGUGGAAAGAUGCUGUUCUCCUACACUUAGGGUUGAUAGAAAUGGAUUUCGCUAUUCAAAAUAAAGAGCCUCCUCCUAUCACUGAUGAUAGCACUGAGGAUGAAAAGAAAUUUCACGCACAAUGGACUAGGUCCAAUCAAUUGUGUGUGUAUUUCAUUAAGACACGAAUUCCAAGAAGUAUUCGUGGCUCAGUUGACCAUUUUGAUAAAGUCAAACCCUUGUUCAAAGCUAUUGAUGACCAAUAUGCUACAUCAAAUAAAGCUUUGGCAAGUACUCUAAUCAUGAAGUUUGUUAGUCUUCGUCUUUCCACUGUCAAGGGCACGCGCAAACACAUCAUGCAAGUCAGGGAUAUUGCAGCGCAAUUGAAGAAGUUUGGAAUAAUUUUACCAUAUACCUUUAUUGUGCAUUUUGCACUUAACACCCUCCCUCAACACUAUAGCCCCUUUAAGAUUUCCUACAAGACACAUCAAGACAACUGGACUAUCAAUGAGUUGAUAACCAUGUGUGCACAAGAGGAAGAAAGGCUUAGUGAAGAGGUUGGGAGAUUGCUCUGUUGGCCACAGCAAAGCCUAAAGGGAAAUCUGGGAAAGCUAAGAGAUUCACUGCAGCAACAAAGGGGAAACUGA